AUGUCAUCGGCACCGAGCCAGGCCGGGCCUGGAGACUCCCGACAGCCGCGGCUUGCACGCCCUACAGUUUCUGUCCGACUGCCCCCUUCUAAUGAAGCAGGACCUACCGCUUCAAGGUCAGACACCCCUUUUGAUGGCACCCCGGAGACAGAGUCUACGAACGCAGGAGACUUUGGAACCGCCACAGAUUAUGCGAUGUGGGUCAUCGAGAACCCCCACAACGCCUAUCAACGGCUGCGGAAUUUGGAACUCGGGCUUGCACGAGCCCAGAAAAGUCUCAGAGAAGCUAUCAGAGUGCAAAAGAUGGAUGCGGACAGACCUCAGCGUUCCUCUAAAUUACCAGACGUACCCAUACUAACCGACGGCAAAUCUCCUACGUUCGAAGGAUGGAUGUUGAAAUUGAUGAACAAGUUUAUGCUCAACAAAGACCACUAUCCGACUGAGUGCCAUAAGAUGGCGUACAUCCAUUCCAGAUGUGAAGGACCGGCUGAGGCCCUGCUCACCCCCCGGGCAAAGUGUGGGGCAAAGAACCCAUUCAUUAAUGCCGAAGAGAUGAUACACUACUUGCAAUCUUUCUUCCAUAACACACAUCGCCGGGCCAUUGCAGGGCAAGAGUUCGAAGCAUUGAUCAUGAAAAAGGACGAGCAGUUCCACGAUUUCUAUAUUAAGUUUGCAUGCCUGGCAGUGGAAGCAGAAAGCCAAGAGAGCUACUUGAAGCACCACCUCUUCAGGAAGCUGUCAAACCGUCUUAAAUCCCUGGUGAUGAAUCAUUUUUAUGAUGAGAAUAUUACUAUGACACAGUUCGUUGAAACCUGCCGCCGAUCGGCCACCGCAUUACUGGUUGAGAACGAGAUACGGAAGAGAGCCUGA